CGGGGCUUCCGUCUUCCUGCUUCCGGUCUGGUGGUGAGUUGGGAGUGGGAGUCCGCGCCCCCGGGAUGUGUCCGGGAUUGGGGACGGUUGCUGUCGCGGGAUCCUCGUGCCCAGCACCCACAGCCGAGGAGCGGGCUGCAAGAAUUUAAACUGCUCAGAAGUGUAUGGUAGAACUAAAGAAGACUACAACCAAAGGUCAUCUGAAAUUGUGACUGGCUCACUGAUAAUCUCUGGACAAAAUUAGAGACCACUACUCAAACAUAAGUGUCCUAAGAUGUUUGACGUAAAGGCUUGGGCGGAGUAUGUUGUGGAAUGGGCUGCAAAGGACCCUUAUGGUUUCCUUACAACAGUUAUUUUGGCUCUCACCCCACUGUUCCUAGCAAGUGCUGUACUAUCCUGGAAAUUGGCUAAGAUGAUUGAAGCCAGAGAGAAGGAGCAAAAAAAGAAACAAAAACGGCAAGAAAAUAUUGCAAAAGCUAAACGACUAAAAAAGGAUUGAAGGAAUGAACGAGCUCUGCAACUAGAGAAUCAUUUAGAAAAUUAUGCAGCUUUGGACUCAUUAAGUGUUUGGAUUUCAUCCUAGGAUUAGUUAGUAAAUUAAAUCUGAUUAUAUAGAAGAAUCAUGUUCUGACCUCAAUAUUAUAGUAACUUUUAAUUUUGUGUGUGAAAGUUUGUUGGUAUCUAUUGACAUUUUAAGUGCAUUGUAUUAAUCUUGGAAAUCCCAAAUCAUAACUGUUCCAAUAUCUGAAAUUUCUUGUGUGCAGACAUGCUUCACAAGUGAAAAUUCCACACCUGACCUUGUAUUGGGUUGUAUUCAAAACAGACACACUAAAAAUACCACAUGCAUUUAGCUUCAAUCUCUAUGAAAGGGAAAUGAAUUUGAUGUUGAACUAAAACACUUCUGGUCCCAAGCAUUUCAGAAAAGGAAGACAAAACUGGCAGUACAGCUUCUUUCUCACUAAUGUGGGGAUUUUGCAGGUGGGGUACGGAGGUGGACCAUCCUGUGGCUGCUAAUGACGUCACACAUGCACUCCAGUGAACAGUGAUUUAAAACUGGGCCUUGUUCUGGACCAAGGACACUAGGAAUAUACAAGUCAGGAUUGCUCUGUUUGAGGUAGAAAGUUUGUUUUGGCUUCAAGACACAGUGUACUUAUUAGUUAUAAUUUGAUCAUUAUUGCUAAUUGGAAUGGAGUCAUUUCUGGCUUUUUCAGAGCAAAAUAUUAAUGAGAACAUCUAUUUUUCUGAUGUUAGUCUUUGAGACAACUGGUAAUGAGGACAUUAUGCAUUUUUCAACCUAAUUUUAUAAAGAUUUAUUAACUGUAAAAUACCUGCUGGAUGUAACAAAUUUUGUAUUUUUGGACACUGCCCUUUUCUUAGAUGAGUUGUUGAGUAACACUUUUAAAGCUUGUACUAAAAACACCAAAUGCUAUAACCUUACAAUCAGCUUUUGUUUUUGUACUAACUAGAGCUGUGGAAAAGUUAAAAUGUCAUCAGAUAAUCUGCCAGUUUAUGUAUGGCACUCUUGGUUUUAUUUAACACUGUUUUUGACUUAUACUGAUGUCACAAGUUUCAAUGUUUGUGAUCAACAAGUUUGUGGAAAUUAAAAGUUUCAAUUGAAGAGUUCCCAAGGAGUUAAGUCAUACUUCCUAAGUGGUUCAGAAAGGCUUAAAAUUGUGAAAAAUUUUGAUGGACACAGUAAUGAUUGUAUGAACUAAAUGAGAAUGUGCUAUAAUUAGAAUACAGAGCUAAAAUGUCUUUCAGUUAGGCAGUGAUAUACUAGAACUUUUGUCUAUUAAGCGUGGCUUUCCUAGAUGCAUGCUCCAGUAAUUUUACUUACCCGCAGUAUUUAAUAGCUUAUAUUGUUUUCUGCACCUCUCAUGAAGAGUAAUUGUCCAAAGCUUUUACUUAAAAAUGAAACUCGUCACUGAAAUAAAAUUUGAU